UGCUUGCUGGGCUCUGAACGCUCGCUCUGCGACUGUGAGGGCUUCUACACGUGGGCCAGAGGCUGAGGGGCUCCGCGGGCGCGUGUGUAAACUAAGUUCAGCGGCUCGCGUGCGUUGGCCGUGUCGGCGUCCUUCCUGGGUGCUGAGGGGGGCCCAUCUCUAGGCGUCUGUCAUUGGGUAGAAUUCUCCCCGCGGCGCCCCCGAGCCCCUCAGAUGGUACUUCGCAGGGGGUAGGUCCGGAACUCGCCCCUCGGCUAAAGGGAACAUGAAUCUUCUACCUAAAAGCUCCAAGGAGUUUGGCUCUGUUGACUACUGGGAGAAGUUCUUCCAGCAGCGAGGAAAGCAGGCUUUCGAGUGGUACGGGACCUACCUGGACUUGUGCGGGGUGCUGCACAAAUACAUCAAACCCAAGGAAAAGGUGCUGGUGGUUGGGUGCGGCAACUCGGAGCUGAGCGAGCAGUUGUAUGAUGUGGGCUAUCAGGAUAUAGUGAACAUUGACAUCAGUGAGGUGGUCAUCAAGCAAAUGAGGGAACGCAAUGCCAGCCGCCGGCCCCAGAUGAGCUUCUUAAAAAUGGACAUGACCCGCAUGGAGUUUCCCGAUGCCUCAUUCCAGGUGGUGUUGGACAAGGGCACCCUGGAUGCUGUCCUGACCGAUGAGGAGGAGAGGACCCUGCAGCUGGUGGACAGGAUGCUGGCUGAGGUUGGCCGUGUCCUGCAGGUGGGCGGUCGAUACCUCUGCAUCUCCCUGGCUCAGGCUCACAUCCUGAAGAAAGCAGUGGGUCACUUCUCUCGGGAGGGGUGGAUGGUGAGGGUGCACCAAGUUGCCAACAGCCAGGACCAGGUUUUGGAAUCAGAGCCUCAGUUUUCCCUGCCUGUCUUUGCCUUCAUCAUGACCAAGUUCAGGCCAGUCCCUGGCUCUGCCCUUCAGAUCUUUGAGCUGUGUGCUCAGGAGCAGGGCAAGCCUAUGCGGCUGGAAAAUGCUGAGCGGCUGGCAGAGGCCGUGCAGGAGCGGCAGCAGUAUGCCUGGCUGUGUGGCCAGCUUCGCCGCAAGUCUGGGCUGGGGAGUGUGACUCUGGACUUAUGCAAUGGGGACACAGGGGAGCCACGCUACACCCUCCACGUGGUGGACAGCCCCGCUGUGAAACCAUCGCGGGACAAUUAUUUUGCCAUUUUCAUCAUUCCCCAGGGCCGGGAGACUGAGUGGCUCUUUGGCACAGAGGAGGGCCUGAAGCAACUGGCAGCCAGUGCAGGCUUCCGGAGGUUGAUCACAGUGGCGCUUCAUCGAGGUCAACAAUAUGAUGGCAUGGACAUUAUUCAGGCUGAGCUGUCGGCCAGAGUCAUGGAGCUGGCCCCGGCUGGGAUGCCCGCUCAGCAGCAGGUGCCCUUUCUGUCUGUGGGAGGAGACAUUGGAGUCCGCACUGUUCAACACCAAGACUGCAGCCCCUUGAGUGGUGCCUUUGUUGUUGAGGAUGUACAAGGGGAUGAUAGGCGAUACUUUCGCCGGCUAAUCUUCCUCAGCAACAGGAAUGUGGUACAGUCUGAAGCCAGGCUGCUGAAGGACGUGUCUCACAGAGCCCAGAAGAAACGGAAAAAGGACAAGAAGAAGCAGCAGCCUGUUGAUGACCUCCCUGCAGCUCCGGGGCAGUCCAUUGAUAGAAGUUACCUCUGCUGUGAACACCAUAAAGCCAUGAUCGCCGGCCUCACCCUGCUGGGGAACCCAGAGCUGCUUCUAGAGACCCCACUGGCAUUGUUGGUCGUGGGCCUGGGUGGGGGCAGCCUCCCUCUCUUUGUCCAUGAUCAUUUCCCCAAGUUCCACGUUGAUGCUGUGGAGAUCGACCCCUGCAUGCUGGAAGUGGCUACUCAGUGGUUUGGCUUCUCCCAGAGUGACCGGAUGAAAGUCCACAUUGCAGAUGGCUUGGACUAUAUUACCAGCCUGGCAGGAAGAGAAGCACGGACUCACUAUGAUGUCAUAAUGUUUGAUGUAGACAGUAAGGACCCAACUCUGGGAAUGAGUUGCCCACCCCCAGCAUUUGUGGACCAGCUUUUCCUGCACAAAGUCAAAAGCAUCCUGACUGAUGAAGGUGUCUUUAUCCUGAACCUUGUGUGCCGAGACUUAGGGCUAAAGGACUCAGUGCUGGCUGGACUCAGGGCGGUGUUUCCUCUCCUGUAUGUUCGGCGAAUUGAAGGAGAAGUGAACGAGAUCCUGUUCUGUCAGCUGCAUCCUGAGCAGAAGCUUGCCACGCCAGAGCUCCUCGAAGUGGCGCAGGCCUUGGAGCGGACCCUGAGGAAGCCUGGGAGGGGCUGGGAUGACACAUAUGUCCUAUCAGAUAUGCUCAAGACAGUGAAGAUUGUGUGAUCCCUGAGCCAUGCAGUCCUCUCAGCUUCCUGCCCAGACUGACACUGGACUCUGGCCUGGCAAAAAUUGAACAUCUACAAUGUACAAUACUUUUAAAAGUUGUAUUUUUUUCUGGAUUUUAUAUUCUACCUGCAGGCUCCAGCUGGUUGAGCUUACCUGAAGAACUGGGAAAAUAAAGUCUUUCCCAUUCUGUCCUUUUCAGU